UCAGUAGGUUUUUCUUUAUCGAACUUCCCUUGUUCUUGAAACCUCAUCGUAAUGCCGGUUAAACCAUCGCGUAUUGCGAGGUCUUCAAGCCUGGGAGAGAUUGGCUUGUUCAGUCAGGUGAGGCCGAUUGAUGGUCCGGAAGUUCUAUGGGGAAAGAGCGCUGCUCCGGCAGUCGUUGUAAGACCAGUUCAGAAGUUAUCGAAGCCGUCGAAUGUGAAACCAACGCAACCUUGUCUAAAGAUUCUGACAAUUUCAUCGCCGGUUCGGGAAUCGAACGUGGAGGAUCCAGACUUGAAGGUCGGUGGGUUUCUUGAGGCUUGCUACUUGUGCAAGAAGAAGAUUGGCGAAAAAGAUGAAGUUUUCAUGUACAGUUACCUUCGUGCGUUUUGUAGCUGCAAUUGUCGAGAUCAACAAAUUGCUUUAGACAGAGGAGUAGAGACAUCUGCUGUAGAUUCAACAGAAAUGGCCACGUUAAGAGAUUGGGAACAGAAGCUGAAUGGCCGUUUUGGUGCUCCAAAGCCUCAAAUUGAAUAGGAUAUGUCUUCUUAGCUGCAUACUCAACAGAAUUUUUAUCUAUUAGAUGGAGCAGUGUGCUGCUGUCAGACUUUUAUGGAUGGGAACGCUUAUAUUUUCUCACCCCUAACAUGUAAAUCGCUCUUUUACAUUCCACUUAUUUUUUAGGGUUGGAAGAAUGCAUUAUAGUGUGAUGUUUCAACUU